AAUACAAGUGAAAGAGCCACUGAUUAAUGAAAACGACACAAAAUCGAAAACUCGACGCAAAUAGCGUACGACAACAUAAUUGUACAGAGGCAGUAUCCUUAUAUCAGUAAUUACAUUUAAUAGGCCCAUUCAUUCGCUACCACAAGCAACUGAACCAUUUUGUUCACUGCACAUUUUACCACAAGCCAUAGAACAAGACAAACGUAUGCAUAUAUAUCAAACAAUUUCUAACUGUAUGUAGAUUAGUUAAAGUCGAAUUUUAAUUGUACAGAAAUGUGGUUGAAGUUUUUCUUCUUGUGGUGUGUGAUGGCCAAUGUGUAUUGUUGGGAUAUUUUCAAGUUUUCUCCGUUGCCUCGCUUUGACCAUGAGUGGUGGGGUCCAGUGCAUUUGAAGUAUCAGAAUGAUACAAGGAUAAGGCCGUUUCAAAUGCAUUUUGAUGAAGGAAUGAUUCAAGACCUAAGAUAUCGUCUGAAGAACCACCGUCCGUUCACACCACCGCUAGAAGGGGUCGGCUUUGAGUACGGCUUCAACACAGCCUACCUCGACGGCUGGGUCGACUACUGGUCAGACCACUACCCGUUUCAAAAGCAAGAGGAUUAUUUAAACCAGUUUCCGCAAUACAAGACAAAUAUACAAGGACUAGACAUACAUUUCCUUUGGGUUAGACCUGAGGUACCUCAUCAUAUUGAAGUGGUCCCACUUCUACUACUGCACGGCUGGCCAGGGUCGGUCCGAGAGUUCUACGAGACGAUCCCACUCCUGACCAAAGUGUCGGAGUAUAGGGACUUUGCCGUCGAGGUUAUAGCUCCCAGCUUGCCUGGAUUUGGAUUUUCUGAUGCUGCUAUCAGACCGGGGCUAGGAGCUACAGAAAUGGGAGUAGUCCUCAGGAACCUGAUGCACAGACUUGGAUUCAAGAAGUUCUACGUUCAAGGUGGAGAUUGGGGAGGCUAUAUUGGACUCAGUAUAGUUACCUUAUAUCCGAAGGAGGUACUCGGCUACCACUCCAAUCUGCCCACCUCAAUCUCCCCAUCAGCUCUAGCUAUCUGGGCGUUGGGCUCUAUUUACCCCCCAUUGGUGGUAGACCCCUACCUGGCAAAGAGAAUGUACCCAUUGCUAAACAUAAUCUACGGGCUGACCAGAGAAACGGGUUACUUCCACCUACAGGCAACGAAACCUGAUACACUUGGAGUGGCCAUGUCCGAUUCUCCAUCAGGCAUGCUCGCCUACAUACUCCAAUUGUUCUCGUCAGCUACUCGCAGAAGGUUCUAUAACAGAGCUGAUGGGGGACUCGACGAAAUAUACACUAGGGACGAAUUGAUAGACAACCUCAUGAUUUACUGGAUAACCAACACUUUCACUACCUCCAGUAGAAUAUACGCCGAGACUGCUAAUUUGAGGAACAUCAAAAUGGGAGUUUUUGCUAUCCCAACACCAGUCCCCACAUGGACAAUCCACGCCAGUGACGAAAUCCUUUACCAGUCGCCAACAUUGCUGAAGAUUAAAUUCCCGAACCUUCUAAACUCCACUAUUCUGAACACAGGCGGCCAUUUUCUGGCUCUGGAACUGCCGCGAGUCUUUGCUGAUGAUGUCUUACACGCUAUAGAAGCAUUCAGAAGAUACAGAAAGAAGAAUAAGCUUGGUUAUUAAAACUGCUGUUAUUUUUUUGGUCGUUAUUACGUAUUAUUCGGAAUUAUCGAU